UCUCUUUCGUUUGUCCUCUUAUUUUUAUUCUUUGCUAUCCUCUACUACUUUUUCUUUCUUCUCCCCUUUUUUUUUCUUUACAAGUGUUGUCUGCUUUCACUGUUUUCACUCCUUUUUCUGUUGUUCUGUAUAUAAAAAAGGAUGGGUCAAUGAAAUUGUGUGGGUUUCUUUCCUUGUGAGCACGUGACAUGACCCCGCCAAUGCCCAAUGAAAAUUUGCUCCCUGCAAUAACCUUCUUGCUAGGCUGCUCGUUACCCAUGGACCCUUACGAGCAAACGCAGUCGUCGGCUUCCAUUCCCGACGAUUUUGUUGACGAUGAGGAGCACUUUAGAGAACUCGAGACCGAGUUAGCGCCAAAGGAUGCUGAUUAUUAUGGCAUUCUCAACAUUUCCAAACAGGCUACUGAAGAUGAAAUAAAGGAUUCGUACAAGAAGCUGUGCCGUAUAUUUCACCCGGACAAGCACACCGAUCCAGAGAAAAAAAAGGCGGCUGAAGCCCAAUUCCAGUCUAUACAAAAGGCAUAUGAAGUUCUCGUCCAUCCCACGAAACGCAUUCUGUAUGAUACGUAUGGCGAGCAAGGCCUCAAAGGGACUAUGGAGGUGGGACCGAAGCUGAAGACACCUGAAGAGAUGCGUGCGGAAUAUGAAAAGCAAGCUAGGUUGAAGCGAGAACAAGAUUUGGAAAACCUGGUACGUUCCAAAGGUGAAUUCCAAGUCAACUUGGAUGCUACACAAGUCUUCGACCCCUACGAACCACCUGUCUUCAGUGGAUUUGGAGGUCCACCUAAACAGGCUAAGCGUCCUAGCCCAUUAGGCGCCUUGUCUCGAGCGCAGGUGCAGCAAUUGUUCAUGAAGCACUCAUUUGAGACUCAGGUUGGACCUGCUACUCAUGCCGUUAUCGCGGGCAGCAUGGUAUCGCGAGGUGGUAUGGGAGGCGGUAACAUCAUUGGUACUAUUCGCCAUACGGUAUCACCCCGCUUCUGGGUUGAAGGCGGAGCCAACUUGUUAAGACCCAGAGCGUUGACGUUUAAGACGUAUUUCAACGUGUCUUCCGAUAGUUUCAUCAACACCAUUUCACAAGCCCGUACCAUCUAUGCGCCUCCAAUUUUGACAGUGACUGCUGGAAGGCGAAUAUUUUCAGCUGCCACGGGUUACCUGACAUAUAGAACUGGAGAAUGGAAUUUAGGUGAAUGGGGACGAGGUGUAGGUCAAGGCAUGGACAAAUCGUCGUUUGCACUGGGUAUUGCUGGUCAGGGCAAACGUAAGAAUUACAGCGCUGAGAUUCAGACUGGUAUUGUUGCAUCUCAUUUGGCUCUUGACUAUACUUAUCGUAUGGUCGACUCCACUCGCAUUCGCGUUGGAGGGUCUUUGUCAACGGUUGGCGGGAUUAUGGCCAGUAUUGGUAGCGAUCACCGGUUGACCAAACACUCACGAUUUGGUAUGGCCAUGGAAUGCGGUGUACCAAGCGGUGUCGUGGCUAAAUUCAAAGUGACGCGUCUUGGCCAAAAGAUCGUAAUCCCUAUUGUGCUUUCCGGAGAAUUCAACAUUCGACUUGCGUUCUGGGGAGCGGUUGUACCUGCCUCAGUUGCGGUGAUUGCCGAUCAUUUCGUUCUAAAGCCACGCCGAAAGCAGAGACUGAACGAUAAAAUUCAAGAACUCCGCGAGGAACAUGCCGAUUACCUUGCACAACGCAAGACCGAAGCCGAGCAAGCUCUGCUGAUCUUGUCUGAUAUCGCGGGCCGUAAAAUGAAAUCUGAAGAAACCAAGCACGGCCUUGUGAUCAUUGAGGCUCGGUAUGGCAAGAAAGAUGGGAACAAUGAUAUGAUUGAUGUAACGGUGGCCAUUCAAGCUCUUGUUAAUGACUCUAAGCUGACCAUUCCUGGAGGCCACGCAAAGGUAAGUAAAAGCACUCCAAGCCACAUGUUCCUUCCAACACCACGCAUACUGAAAACGUUUACCCAGUCGAACAUUUUGGGCUUUCAUGACCCAUGUCUCGGUGAGGCGAAGCACCUAGUGAUCAAAUACAGAUUCCAGCAUAGACUUCAUGAAGUGACGGUAGAUGACACUGCCCCUGUGGCAUGUCCUUUAAGAUCCCAUAUUGUUUAAAAACAUGGCCGGCUAAGAGGGCUCGGCGCGGGACCUCCGUUGGCUAUAUCAGGGUAUCUCGUGCCAUUGUACCACGCUGAGU